AUGCGGUGCGCGAGCAAGGCCGCCGAGCGCGCGUCCGCACGUCUCUGUGCGGACGCCGAAGCAGAAAACAUAGCAACUGAUGUCCCAUCGGUUGCUGAAUCGACUCAGCCUGUAUCACCUGGUGAUGCAGGCGCUGGUCAUGAAGACACUCGUGUCUUCACAGAGUACGAGCUCGGUGUCUCGUACUCUCCUGAUACGGAUGACGGAUCCGUAUCGACGGCAAUUGAAUCCAAGCCGCCUGCCAAGCGUGGCAUGGACGAUGCUUUGCGUCGCAGCAUCUUUGGUUCAUCUGAUGAGUCAGAUGAACCAUCGCCAAAGCGAAGGCGCUCGAGGUCGCGAGACUCGGGCGCUCACAGUGGUGUCGGUUCUCCUAUUGACACCACUUCGCAGCGAGGUGCCAGUCCUUCUAUCGGCACGUCGCAAGAAGAGCGGGACCGCAAUGUGUUGCGUCUCGCUCCAGAAAAGAAGGCAUGGAUGCCUCCUAAAUCUGUCAUGGAUCACUUGUCGGCGACGACGAGUGAUCGUUAUCGAACACGAUUGUUCGAUUCGUCAAGGAUUCAUCACCUUGACCCCAGCGCGAAAGACUAUCGCGCUGAACAUGAGUUCUUCAUCGAUGCUUUCUUCAGACAUCGAUGGUACAGUGGGAAUCACAAACGUGAUGGUCCCUCACUACUUCAGGCGUGGAACGCCUACAUCCAUAAUCUCGAGGAUGUAGGUCGUGACGCUUGGAACGACAAACUUAUCAAAGCUCGUGAUAAGUUUGAAAAGCGAACCCCGACAGGUGCACGCUAUAAGCUGCAUCGUCUGUCAAGGGAGAAAGGAUUACCCUGUCUUUCCUGGGGAGACCCGUGCCCAUGUUGUGUGAACAACUCUGCACGAGCACCUAAGGAGGCUUACCUCCCUAAUAGCCCGUGGUGGCGCGUACGUAUCUACAGUGAGAUGUACGAAGGGAUUGACAACCUGAAAUCCUUUACGACCGUGCCGGGAAGACUUUCUCCGGCGGUCCUUCUGCGGCACAGGAUGUGCCGCGUCGUACUGCUCAACCAGACCCAGUACGUCAUCCAUCAGUUGGGAGCGAGGCUCCCAAGUAUCCCAGGACGGGGGAUAGCCGCGCCACCGGACGAGAUAACUCGUCCGACGUCCGUUCACGUCGCGGUGGUUCAACAGCUGCUCUACUAG